UGGAAUGUACCUGAAACUUACUCAAAUGCUAUUUUAUUUUAACGUUUUGUGUCUACCAAUGGACAUUUUUUAAGUUAAGUAACUAUCCAUGAAACACAAUAAAUGAGAAGCGACGAUAAAAACCAUUUUAAACAUAAAAUUGUUCUCCUAUUUACUUCUUUACAAGUUCUGCGUAUUAUGAAGAGUAAUUCUAACCACAAACAAUAAGAGCAAACAGGAAGAAAAAAACAUUUGACUUUUUGACAUAAAUUUAUUCGUGUAGUAAAUAUGGCUGACGAACUAAAUGUUGACAGUCUAAUUCACAGACUUUUGGAAGUUCGAGGAUGCAGGCCUGGCAAGACUGUGCAAAUGUCGGAGGCAGAGGUACGUGGGCUCUGCACAAAGUCCAGAGAAAUAUUCCUGCAGCAGCCCAUAUUACUGGAGUUGGAGGCACCACUCAAAAUUUGUGGUGAUAUACAUGGUCAGUACACAGAUUUGCUACGUCUCUUUGAAUAUGGAGGAUUUCCGCCAGAAGCCAAUUACUUAUUCCUUGGUGACUAUGUAGAUCGUGGUAAACAGUCACUGGAGACUAUCUGUCUCCUAUUGGCUUACAAAAUAAAGUACCCUGAGAAUUUCUUCCUACUCAGAGGCAAUCAUGAGUGUGCUAGCAUAAACCGCAUUUAUGGUUUUUAUGACGAGUGCAAACGCCGAUACAAUAUAAAACUGUGGAAGACUUUCACGGAUUGCUUUAACUGCUUGCCAAUUGCUGCUAUAAUUGAUGAGAAGAUUUUCUGUUGCCAUGGUGGUUUGUCUCCAGAUUUACAGGGAAUGGAACAGAUCAGAAGAAUAAUGCGACCCACUGAUGUUCCAGAUACAGGAUUGCUUUGUGACUUGCUGUGGUCAGAUCCCGAUAAGGAUGUUCAAGGUUGGGGGGAAAACGAUCGCGGCGUCUCGUUUACUUUCGGACCCGACGUCGUCAGUAAAUUCCUCAACAGGCAUGAUUUAGAUUUGAUUUGCCGUGCUCACCAGGUGGUGGAAGAUGGAUAUGAAUUUUUCGCCAAACGAAUGUUGGUUACUUUGUUCUCUGCACCCAACUACUGUGGAGAAUUUGAUAAUGCUGGUGGAAUGAUGUCUGUUGAUGAAACUCUAAUGUGCUCCUUCCAGAUUCUUAAACCAUCUGAAAAAAAAGCAAAAUACCAGUACAAUGGUAUAAACAGUGGAAGGCCAGCUACUCCUCAAAGGUCACCACCUAAGAAAAAAUAACUGACAUUUGGUAUCCAGUGUGCUGCACAGUGAGAGGAAUGCUACAAAUAAUUAAUUAUAUCAUGUAUUAUAAUUAUUAUUAUUAGGUCAUUGGACAGGGCCGGACAAUGUGUCUUAAAUUUGUGAAAUAUAUGUUAUCAAUUACUUGUGCCUUCUUGUUUUACGUUUACACAAUAUGAGUGAAAUUAAUUUGUUUUGUUAAACUUUCAUGAGGAUUAAUGAGUAGACACGUUCGGCAAUGUUACAUUGACAUGCUUUUUCGAUCCCUGAAGUACUACCUAGCAGCCCUUUAAUUAGUACUGAACCCUAUUGUGUUAUCUAUCGUCUACAUGUUAUAGUCAAAUUGUUUCGUAUCAUUUAUCAUAUUUUAUCAGAAAAGUGGCAGCUGACUUCGAGAUGCGGGCAUUGGACACUGAAGCGUAAUUACAUUUACAAAAUAAUCUAUUAAGUAGAGGAUCGGAAGCACAUUUGGUUGAUUUAUUUUAUAUCUAAUGUGCCUAUGAAUGUAAAUUAUAUAUAAGUCUGGAGUGACGAAAAUUAAAUGAUUUGAGAAAUUCUUGUAUGGAAUAGGCAAUAAUUAAAAAACAAUGUUCGUCCAUAGUUGUCAACAUGAAUUUUAUGUUUGUUGUAGUUUAAAUAUUUAUUGAUGGUUUAGUCCUUCUGUGAAGUUGGCCUAAACAUGCAAUUUACCUUCUUAUAUUUGUCAUAGCAUUUAAGUGUUAGUACCCAGGACUCCAUUGCAAAAAUAUGUUUAGGAGAGAAUAUCCAGUGAAAUAAAAUUUAAUUUGCUCUCAGUAUUAUUCUUAAUGUUAAAAUAAGUAGCAGUCAAAAUUAUAGGAAAGUAUAUGAUCUCCCCGGCCGAGGCUUAUUUGUCAGUCUAAUUAUACUGUAAUGAAAGUCUCAAAUUUAAUUAUUUAAAAUAAAGUAGAAGCAGUGUAGUCCUCGCAACAAUAGUGCAAUUGCUAAAUAUUAUAUAAAUUAUAUGCAGGUUUUGCAUUGUACAAUUUUAUUUUUAGCUAUGUUAACAUUUUUCAUUAAUAAAUAUUGCUAUUUAAACUAUUUGUUUAUUUUGUUUUGACAUUCUGUAAUUUUCACAAAAAAUGCUAAACUUUUCACAUUCAACAUUAAUAUUAAAGGCAAUUUAUUGUAUGUCUACUUACAGUAUUUUAAAUUAAUAAUAUUUCAUUUUGUAUAUUAAGAUAGUAAUGCAAUUGCUAUUCUCGAUAUCUUUUGCUCUGCACAUCUUUCACCUACUCUUUGAAAAAUUCAUUGCUAGACUUUAUUGUAACUUGUUCAUGUACAAAUUUCUGAAAUAUAUUUUAUUCAAUCUA